AUGAAACAUCCAACAGUAGCUAUAAUAGGCUCAGGGUUUAGUGGUAUGGCCACUGCCAUUAAACUAAAAAAGGAGUUAAAUAUUGAAGCAGAUAUUUUUGAAUCAACCAGUGAAAUAGGUGGAACAUGGAAUUAUAACACUUAUCCUGGAUGUGCUUGUGAUAUUCCUAGUCAUCUUUAUUCUUUUAGUUUUGAACUAAAUCCUAAUUGGAGUCAACAAUAUAGCAGUCAAAAAGAAAUUCAUCAAUAUAUGCUUCAGGUAGCUAAAAAACAUCGACUUAAGGAACAAACCCAAUUCGAAACUCAAGUUGUUCGUGCCUCUUGGAUUGAAAGUAAAAAGCAAUGGAAACUUGAACUAAAAUCUUUUCAUAAUGAAACUAAUCAGAUUAAAUAUUACGAUAUUGUUUUUUCUGGUAUUGGUUCUAUUCGUGUCCCAAAUAUUCCAAAAGAAUUUUCAACAUUUGAGGGAAAGAUCAUUCAUUCUUCUCAUUGGGAUUCUAGUUAUGACUUUUCAAACAAAAAAGUGGCUGUUAUAGGAAGCGGGACAAGUUCUGUUCAAAUUGUUCCUUCUUUACAAAAACAAGUGUCUCAUCUUUACAAUUAUAUACGUACACCUACAUGGAUCACACCUCGUAAUCAGUUUUAUUAUCCUGAUUAUGUUAAAUGGCUUUUUGGGGUCUUUCCCUUUCUUAUGUAUCUCUAUCGGGCUUACCAAUUCUUUAUUCGUGAAUUAAGAUUUAGUAUUUGGGGUAACGCUAACUCUCAAUUAGCAAAACGUAAUCGAGCACGUCUGGAGAAAGAGAUGAGUCAUAUACUAUUAUCAAGGGGGAGACCUGAUUUGAUCUCUAAGCUUAUACCCAAUGUAGCCCCUGGAUGCAAACGUUUUGGUGUCUCGGAUAAUUAUUUACAAUCCCUUUGUGAGGAUAACGUAACUGUCCAUUGCUCCUCUAUUGAAAAGGUGGAAGGUAAAACGAUUAUAACGUCUGAUGGAUCUAGGGCAGAAGUAGAUGUCCUGUGUCUUGCUACUGGAUUUGAUGUAAACGGAUUCUUGGGCGAUUUACAAGUAUAUGGACGGAAUGGUAUCUGUUUAAAUAAAUUAUGGGAGGAAAUGCCUUCAAAGACUUAUAAAACAAUAAAUGUGCAUGGAUUUCCUAAUCUUUUCCUCUUGCUUGGUCCUGGUUCUGGUCUAGGACAUAAUUCAGUUGUAACAAUGAUUGAAUGUCAAGUGGAUUACAGCAUUCGUAUAAUAAAACACAUGAUGAAAAAUAACAUCGUUAGCCUAGAUCCUAAAAAGGAAGCUCAAGAUCGAUUUUAUUCAAAGCUUCAACAUGACUUUAAAGGCACUACAUGGGUAACUGGAUGUCAAUCAUGGUAUAUUGGCAGGACAGGAGAUAUCCAAUUUCUUUGGCCAAAGACUGUAACUAGCUACUAUUUAACUUUAAAAAAGAAUGUAUUUGAUGAUUAUAUCCAAACUUAUUAA